AAAGGGUUUGGAAAUCUCCGAGCAACAGCUUCAAACAGUAUGGCCGAAAAGAAACGAUAAACUUUUCACGAGGAAUUUUAAAUUUAUAAAGGUCAUAUGCUGUAAAAACAUUCUCGUUCAUCAUGGAGGGGGAUGUUUCAGGAGUUAGAAUAUCCCCACCUGUUGUUGAAUUUUACGACACAGAGCCAAAUAACGUGCAUCAAUUAAAUGUGACUGUAAAAAACAUCAGUAAAACAAGCAAGAGCAUUCGAUUCUAUGGACCAAAAACCAAGUAUUUCCAACUGAGGGUAAAAAAUCCCAACAAACCAAUUGCACCGGGGUUAUGUGUACCAGCCGUGGUGGAGUUUGAAACAACUGAAGCAAAGGAAGUUAAAGACAGGCUUGUAGUUACCAUUGAUGGAGAUGUCAUUGAGAUUCCUCUGAUUGCUUAUCCAUGUCAACCAAUAUUGGAGAUUGAGGAGGAAGUUUAUUUUGGAAAUUUAGUCGCCAACAGUAAAACAAUAUCAAAGGAAAUAUCAUUAUUUAACCAUGGAUCCAAGGCAGGAGAAUUCAAGCUGAAGUAUUCUGGGGACAAACCCAUUGCUAUAAUGCCCACAAGUGGAACUGUACCACCUAAAAGUGUGCAACUAAUCAAGAUUGAAUAUGUUACAAAAGAAGCUGGAAAAAUAGAUGAAACAAUCAAGGUAAAAUUGGAGGGUCAGGAGACAAAAUCGCUGAUGGUACGGGGUGUUCUGGUGGACAGGGCGAUUGAGGUAUUGUCUUUGGAGACAGAGGAGCCCCUAGGCUGUGUCAAGUUCGGUGAAGCCUACUACGGCUCAGAUAAAACAGAGUGUGCAAUUCUCUAUAACAAUGGCCCAGAAGCUGUGAACUUUGUGGCAGUGUUAGAUGAAGAUGCCAUUGCUCAGGAAAUGGGUGUGGAUUUGACUCGCAGUACAAACGAUGCUCUGGCUGAUCAGCUGACAGAGGGAGAGAAGACACAGGGAUGUACCAACGUCAUCACCUCUCUAAUUACAGCCAUCCCAAACCAAGGCGUGCUGAAACCUUUUGAGAAAAUCCCAGUAUUUUUCAGAUUCAGCCCAAGGUGGAAUGCUUCAAAGGAGGGAUGGAAAAGCCAAGUGACCCCUCCCCCAAGAAAGGACUUUGCCUUGUUUAUGCGAAUACAGAUCAUAGGAUCAAGUAACUUGUCAGAAAACAGCACAGGCUCAAAGAAUACUAAAGAUGGGUCAAUGGUAGAGGUAGCCAUGACAGGAACUGCCCUCCCUGUUCUUCUGACUAUCUCUCCAUCCUUCAAAUUCAACUUCGGAGAAUGCCAAGUGGGUGAACAUGCAGAUGUGCUGUGCACCAUUAAAAAUGAGUCUGGCGUUUUACCUGCCAUAUUUCAGUUUAGAAAGAUUGCACAUUUCCUCACUCAUCCUGUGAAUGGUAAAAUCCCUCCAGGUCAAAGCCAGGAUGUCAUAUUCUCCUUCUCACCAAAUCAAAUAGGGUCUUUUAAGCCGAAGCAGAUGUUGGAUGUCAUUGGACAUGUGGCAGACAAUCAGAACCCGACCCUGGCCCACCUACAAGUGAUUCACACCUACCCAAUCUUGUUCUCGGGGUCCAGUCAGCCUGUUCCUGUGGAAAGAAAACCCAGGUUCAACCCAGGACUUACUCCGUACAUUACUAAUGAAGUAGGAAUGUUUGCGGACACUAAGAUGUCCGAAGUUGACGGCAACCCAAGAAAUGCAGUAGCAGGUGGACACAAAACUCAGCUGCACAAAGUGAGUUAUUAUGAGGACGACCCAGAGGCCAAAGUGGCAUUCCCAAACGAUCGAGCACAGAGUAUUAGACCCGAGCAUGACAAAUACAAAACAAUUUUCACUCAGGCUGACAGACAUGUGUAUAAGGACCCGGACUACAUGAUGAAUGCUGAGGAAGGCCGGGCUAAACACACACACCGUGACAGUUAUGUCAUGAUGCUGCGAGAGAUGAGACAGAAACGACUCAACCGUAUCAAAGCAAAGGAAUUCAAAGUCACAAACAACAGUGUUGACAUUGGUAUAAAGUCCGCUGCUGGUCUGAAGCCCAAAGUCCUCACUCAACAAGAAAUUCAGCCUGACCCAGAGACUCCAAGGCCUCCCAAUGCUGACUUCAGACUGCUGAGUUCCAAAGAACUGAGUGCUGCAGAAAAAGAGACAACUGCCAAAUCUGUAUGUGAGGGUUUAAAUGCUGUACCCACAACCAAGGUGGAGAAAACAGACUGCUCAAAAUGGCUGUCUCCACAGCAGCUCCACCAGGUGGUUGUAGGGCCCGCAACUCUUGACUUUGAUAAAGUCUGUUUGCGAUCUGUUGUUACCAGAAAUCUCAGCAUUAUCAACAAUCUGGACCAAUAUAUACAUAUUGUGGCAGAGAUUGAUUGUCGAGAAUUGCGCCAGAGUAGCCCACUCUCUCAGGUUGUCCCACCUAAAUCUAAAGCCCAUCUCCCCAUUGUGUUUGAGUCCAAUGUGAAAGGAAAAUUCCAAAGGUCAGUGUCAUACACAAUAAAUGGAUUCUACAAGCAUCAUGUUACCGUGGUAGCAGAAGUUGUUGCCGUGGCACUAGAACUCUCCACAGAAGAACUGGUUCUCUAUCCGUCCUAUGGAAUGCCAGCAGAAGCUGGUCUGAGGGGAGUAAUAACUCUGAAGAACACUCUCAACUACCCAGCAGAGUUCACCUGGGCCCCCAAUCUGGGAGAGAAGGGGACAGCCUUCUCCAUAAGACCUGCCACAGGUACCGUGGAUUCUUACAAGGAUCUGGAUUGUGAGGUAGUGUGGCAUCCGUCUUACCUGGCCCCCGAGGAUGGGUCCUUCUCCCUGAUGAUCCACGGGGGUCCCACCCUACAGCUUCAGUGUCGAGCUGAGUUGGGGACCACUAAUGUCCAGUUUGUGGAGAGAAGAGUCAUGUUUGGACAGACCCCCAUCAACAUUACCACCACCAGGACAGCACUGCUGGCCAAUACAGGUCACACCCACGCCUACUUCCAGGUUCUAGACCCCAAUCCCUUCCAUGGUCUGGUGGUAAGCCCCAUCCACGGAGUUGUACCAGUAGGGGGACAUGCAGAACUGAAGGUCCAACUGACCCCUGCUGCUAUUCUUAAGUUUGACACCAAAAUACAGGUGGCCAUCAAAGGGGGAAAGACCCUGGAGUUGAGGAUGGGAGGCAACGUAGAACCACCCACUGUUGAUAUUGAUGUGGCAACAUUUGACUUCAGUGGAGUAUAUUGUGGAUCUGGUUCUACUAUUACCUUCAAAUUGACCAAUCGAGCAGUGACAAAGUGUAAGUUGGAGUUUGAUCUGACAAGGUACCGGGACUUUACUCUUAAUUUUCCUGGCUACCAGACACAGGAUGAUUACAGCUACCAGCUCCUUAAUCCAGGCAUGUUUACCGUUACCAUGGCACCAGAGGAAACCAUUGAAGGGGAGCUGAUCUUUAUGCCUACAGAGGUAGCAGCUUAUGACUUUGUGAUGCCAGUCAUCAUCAAUCAGAUUGGAGCCCCCUCCCCGGCCCCCACUCCCUUCCCUCCCACUCCAGCCCCGUCCAAUAAGAACAGCCUGCAGCAUAUCAUAAACCCCCGCCCACAACCUCCCCAGGUAGCCACUCCCAGGAAACAUGUCAUCGCCACGGCGCUGAGACAACCCCUUCAGUUGUCAACCAAUAAGAUAGAGUUUUCUCUGCCAGCAACAUUUGAAGAUCCUACAUCUUCAACAGGCAUUGGUGUCACAAAGUUUAAAAUGAUGGAGAGCACAAUUCUUGUCAACAAUAGUGACAAGCCCCUGAAAUGGCUGUUCAAUUUGACAGAGAAGGUGGAGGCUUUAGAGGAGGGGCUCUUUAAGUUUACCCACUCCUCUGGUGUCCCUUUUGUAGUCAUGGGAGGGGCUGAGAGUAAAGGUAUCGAGGGAACCUUGGAGCCUGGGAAAACACAGCAGAUUUCUGUUAUAUUCUGUCCAAAAAAGCCAGGAAAACAUGAGUGUGUGAUCCCCAUCUACAUCAAUGACAAUCAAGAGAAACCUUACCAAUACCUCCAAGUGAUUGGAGAAAUGAAGUCCCCCAAGAUCUGGUUUGACCCCCUUGCCAUAGUGAUGACCCCUGUCCCACUUCUCACAGAGGUCAGCACAGAGUUCACUGUGUUGGCUGCCCAGUAUACAAAGGCUACAGAGAUUGCUGUGGAGUUACCAGAAGUAGAGAGUGAGGAUGGAAGCAUUAUAACUCCUCUGACCGUCAGCUGGCCCGAGGGCUCAUCUGUGAUAAAACCAUGUAAUGGAGAUGAUGGCCAGAUUGAGCCGUGUGCACUCUGCUGUAAAAUUGUCUUCUCUAGUCCCAAACCAGUGUCCUUCUGUGAACCUAUAAAGUUUAUUGACGGCAAUGGAAAAAUCUUUAAGCUGAUGGUGACAGCUACUGCUGACAACUGUCUGUUGACCUGCUACCCAUUCCUAGCUCUCCAUAGAACAGACUACCAGAUAGUGUGUGAACAGGGAGCAUCUCCAAAGGGAAGAAAAGUCUUGGUUUCAAAAGACAAUCAAAAUGGAGGAGAAGCAGUUUUUAUUCCUUGUGCUUCACCCCAACACAACAGCCGACCCUCAACAAGUGCUACAAGUUCUAACUUCCAGGUCUCCACAUCUAGUUAUGAAUCAUCAGCCAGUGUUACAGAUUCAUCAGAUGAAAGCACUCCAAUGAAUCGUGAAGGAGCCAUGAACAAACCUCCAUCUGGAUCAGAACAAAAUGUCAGCCGAGGUCAAAUGGACCUUGCCUCAAGGUCAUUAGGGUCAGCGAUGUUCCCAGAUGAGGACACAGACGAGGGAAUAUUUCACAUGGAAGUUCUACUGGCAGUCCAGCGGUGGUUCUCUUCCCAGGGGUGGCCAGGGGGACAAUUCCCCAUUAUUAUUCCACAUUCUCUCCGCUGUGGAAUAAGUAGGAAGCCAAUCACAGAUGACUCACCAAAAGCAGCCAAAGCUGGGAGCUGGGACACCAACAAUCUAAAGAAGGAAUUCAAGACUAUCUAUGACAUGAUCAGUAACCUGAGUGGUCGACCAGUUCCAGGAAUCCCCAUCAACUCCCCCCUCCCCUCAGACCCCAUAGAGAGGGUAAAACAGAUUUACUGGCAGCAUGCCACACUUCUCACCUUUCUCAGGUGUCAGGGAGCAUGUGUAGCAUCCAUUAAGCCAGAGUACCUCCUAGAACCCAGAGACUACCAUCUCUGGAAGCAGAUGCAGAAACAACUCAAACUGGAGCUGACCAAACAAGGGGAGGUUACUCAGGCUAACAAUAUGGAGGAGGAGGAGGAGCUCGAGGAGGACGUAUUUGAGGCUGUCUCUAAGCGGGCCUGGACUGACAUCCUGUUACAGCUCCUCAAGACUCUUAUUCUAUCCAAAGUGACCCCACGUUCAUUAAAGAAUACUCCCUCCCCAGAUAAAAACAUAGACCUACCCAGCAUUAACCAGGACCCCCUGAGCUCUAACAUCUACAGUGUGGGGGAGAGGAUAAUCUUGACCUGGCUGAACCAUCACUACGAGACUUACAGAGAACGGAUAUGGACAGGGUGUACCAAAGGCGGUGUCCCUCCCUCGAGAUGGAUAGUAAACUAUGACUUUGAUCUACUGGAUGGUUUAGUCAUAGGAGCAGUGUUAGGUGCCCAUCUUCCAUUCCUGAUUAAGACCCAUCUUCAGGACAUGUACACACAUCCUGCCACAGCUGAGCAAUGUCUUCACAAUGCUCUGAAGAUUGUUAAUGCCAUGAGAUAUGUAGGAGUAGACUAUGACAUUCAGGCGAUAGACAUCACAGACCCCAAUCCUAUAGCCCUGCUGAUGAUGUGUGUCCAUCUAUAUCAAAAGAUACCCCAGUAUCUCCCCAAAGCCACCGUAGACUUCUCUGGCCGUCUCCACACCACAGUCUGUAGACAGGUGAAGUUAAGUAACCCUAGCAGUAAACCUUUACAGUACCAGGUCCUUGUGGCUGGUCACGACGCCCGGGAUUUUAAUGUCCCUAAGGGGGACCAGGUGACCAUUCCUCCCAGAUCCUCCCUCCAGCUGAACGUCGAGUUUACCAGCCGCUUCCUGAGACCAGCAGAGGCAGUUCUAGUGCUUGUGGGUAGAAGACAUGGGUCUGCUGUAGGCUCCACCUUGACCUUCAAUCUCAGAACACAGAUUGACAACAUCACACCAAAGCAUUUACAUAAAUCUCAGCACACAAUAAAAACAGAAUCCCCCUGUUAUGAGCUGGAAAAGAUUCCCCUGACUGUGACAAACCCCUUUGAUGAGGGUGGGGAAUUCCGUGUGGUCCUUGUGGAGGCCAGUGCUGACCUUCUUGACCCCAGUAAACCAGCCAAUCUCAUGAAGCCAAAGGAGAAGAAACGCAGAAAGAUCAGGGCCCGUGUGGAUCAUGGAUUUAAGAGGCCUGAGACCCCUCCCACACCCCCUCCCCCAAGACAAGAGGACUCCUUUUUCAAGAAAGAUGAACCACCCAUGAUGAGUGCCUUUUACAGCCCAGUGGCAAGUCUUUACUUGGAGCCACAUGGUACAGCCAACAUAGAAAUUCAUUUUCUGCCCUUCAACAUUGGAGAGCGCCAGUGCUCAAUUAUAUUCCUGAAUGAGUCUAUUGGAGAGUUUUUGUACUCCAUUGAGGCCACCGCCACCUUACCCUUACCAUCAGUGGUGCCAUUUGUACGGACACCACACAGUGUGCGCAUCACCAGUGCUGCUGCUGCAGGAACUGGGCGUGGCCUGUUUGGAGGAGAUGAUAGGGUUGUAUAUUGGAAGACUGAAGCAGGACAAACACUGAAGGAAAGCAUUCAUGUACCAAUCACAAACAAGGUCAAAGAGCGAGCUCUGCUCAUGGCUGCCCAACAGCGGAUGUCAGAUAAAGAACUUCAUCGUCGCCUGGUGACGGGAACUAUUAACACUUGUAGUGUUACAUCAAAGACUGUCACAAUGCUGUCCACAAAUGCCAAACAGAGCAUAAAUCAAGCCAAGGUCAAAGCACCCCAAGGAACUACCUACAAGGUGAAAUGGGACUCAGAAUUCUUUAAACUGCCAGAAAAACUUGUAGUUUCUAUGCCCAGCCAGAGAUCAAACAGUGCACCUGUAACUUAUAACGGCAAUGGUAAGGAUUCCUGUGUGGAAUUACCUAUACAGUUUACAGCCAAGGAACCUGGGCACUACCCAUGUCAGAUAGAGUUAUGUGCCCCUGAUGAUGUCCGUGUCUACAAGGUGGAGUGUACGGUCAAUCCAGAGGGCAGCACUGCAGAGAUUGAGUUUAAGGCUCCUGUCCAUCAGUCAGUCACACAGGAAAUACCAAUAGUAAAUAUGACCAAUCAUGACUGGCCCUUGAGGGCAGCCAUUGAAGGCUCCGGGUUUUUCGGUCCGCCAAUGGUAUUGGCCAAGGCAUACAAUAAUACCAAGUAUCCAUUGGUCUUCAAACCUCAGAAUGAAACUGUUGUUCAGGGCAAAUUAGUUCUGUCCAAUACAGAGGAUGGAACUGACCAUGUAUUCUACUUGUGUGGUAAGCCCCAAAAACCAUUGGCACUGGACCAUGUUGUCAUCAGAUGUGAGGCCAAAAAGGGAACCCAACAUAUCUUAUCAGUCCCUAAUGUGACAAAGAAGAAGCUAUGUUAUAAGGUGGAAUCAGACUUCUCUUUUGUGAGUGGUAACAACUCUCUGACUGUCCUACCUGGACAAACAGGGACUUACGGCAUGGAUAUUACCCCGAGUCGACGAGGGGUUUACAAAGGAAUCAUCGCUUUCAUCGCCAGCAAAAACCCUGUAGUUGAGAUUGACAGUGAUGGUGAUGAAAUUCCUGAUGAUGAGGAUGAGGAAAGCAGGAAGUACUACGGUUACCGAGUGUGGUACUCAUUAGAGAUCCAUGUCAAACCAAGUCCACCAGAGAGAAUCAUGGCUGUCGAGUGUUGUUGUCAGAAAAAAGCAGUGUUAGAAGUCAUUGUAAGAAACCCAACCCCCGAAGACAUCACACUAGAGGUCACCAUUGAAGGUCGUGACCUUCAUGGCAAGGACUCGAUAACCCUGAAGGCAGGGGAGAAAGAUGUGUACACACUGACAUAUUCCCCAGCUGUGAUAGGAAAACACAGGGGAAGUUUGAUAUUUUACCAUAAGAGUGUUGGGGAAUUUUGGUACGAUCUCAGAUUGAAGGCAGACCCUCCACCCCCCACAACCCUCCCUCAUAUGGAGUGUGAUCUUGGAAGAUGGACAAAACAGAUAAUUGUACUGAGCAACCCUACAGAUGAAUUGCUAGAAUUGACACCCACUAUUUCCAACUCCAAUAAUUUCUCCCUGGAGCGAGAUAAUGAACGUCCCCUCAUACUUCGGCCUCAUUCUGAGAUUGAGGUUCCAAUACACUUCAUGCCAUCUACAUUAGGUCAAGGUGAUCAUUUAGCCAAGAUCACCUUCCACAGUGAGCAGCUAGGGGAGUGGGUGUUUGUGGCCUCAGGGACAGGAUUACUACCCCAACCCCAGGAUCCAGUGAGUGUAUACACAGAGGCUGGCUCUAACACAACUAUGAUUAUCCCCUUCAGGAACCCCAUGGAUUAUGCUGUAUUAGUAGAUGUCUCCUUGAAAGACACCAGCAUUGGAAUGAACCAGCUACUAAAUAGUUCCCCAGCUCCUGAUGCAGCCUUCUGUCUCCUCCUAAAGCAGAAUACCACCAUCAGAGUGGGGCCAAAGUCCACCCUGGAUAUCCCUGUCUGCUUUGCUCCCACAGAGAUGACAAAGUACGAGGCUCUGUGUUCCGUCAUUGUCAGGAAAGAGGACGGCAGUCGAUGGCAGUAUGCCCCCAAAGACAGUGAAGGGUAUCAGCUGUCAGUCACAGGGAGUGAAGGUCUGAGGGAAAUAAGAUGGCUGUAUCCCAUACAGGGAAUUCCGGAAUCCAAGCCCAUCAAGGACUCCCAGGGGGCGAUAGUGGAGUGUAAGGCCCGUGACAGACUGGAAGAGAGACUAGAGGUCACCUUAUCGGGGGUGGCUCCGGCAGCCUCAGGGCCACAUAAAUCUGUGUUGACCAGAUCUAUCACUCCUAAAGGAAGCAGUACAAACAUUUCUGAUGGAAUUGUGGUCGGAGAAACACUAGCUACAGCUAAUGAAUUUGAGUACGAGCUGAAAUUCCCAGAUAGAGACUCACAAGAAAAUCUACAGAAUUCAGUAGCCCUGACACUUGUUCGGGCCCAAAGAAACGACACUUCAGGACUGGUCGUGCUUGUGUUUAACUUGGUUUUUGCUCCUUUUAAGGCUAUGAGUCACAACGUGGAGCUGGUGGUGCGGGCAGCCACCGGUGGUUUGUGGAGAUUCCCUGUGAAGUUUGUGGCAGCUGAGCCACCGGUAGAUGACACCAUUACUAUAGAAGCCACUGGUCUUAACAAAGAGUCCAGUGUUGGUUUCAGGCUUACUAGUCAGUCCAAACAUCCUGUAAUGUACAAUGCCUACUUUGGAGCGGGCAGUGAUCCUGAGUUCACUGUCACCCCCCAAACAGGAGAACUCCUCCCUCAGGGCACUAAUGGAACCCUACUGGCCAUUAAGUUUAAACCCGCUCUGUAUGGAAAGAUCUAUCAAGCCAAACUCGUUAUUCAGACUCCAGAUAUGCAGUGGAGCUAUGAUGUGAAGGGUGUGUUGCCAGAAUAUAACCCUCCCCGGGGUAAAUCUGCUCAACCCAUAGCCGGACCUCACCCAGAUACACGAGUCAGGGGUGAGAAAACAAACUACAUCCGUGAAAAUCUCCGGCUGACUACAACAGCUGUAUCCUCACCCAUUAAGGGAGCCCCCCUACUGCACAGAUCUCUCAAGCUGUGAAGAGUUUUUGUGACUUUGGAUCUUACAGGACGUAAUAUUUAUAAAAGUUAACCAAAUGUUUGAAUAUUCAUCUGAUCUUAUAUUGUACAAAAGAAGUAAGGCAGAUUAAGAAAUCUUUAUCUUUUUUUUUAAUACCUGAAUCUAUUAUUUUUGUUCCUUUGGAACUAUAGUUGUACCUGAAUGUCCUUGAAUAUAGUCAUAAUUGAUGUACAUAUCAAAUGCGCACUAUUGUAUUAAAAACAGGGUUUCCGUCCAUAGUGCAUGUGAUACAAGCAUGACAUUGUCAAGUUUGAAGGUUUUACAUGUAUGUAUUUUUCCAGUUGUAGAAAAAUUAUUUUAUUUUCGUAUAUUUUAUGUUUAUACCUAAAUGCAUUUUCUGUGAUUUCUACAAAUGUAUGUAUGUUUGUUUGUGGCUGAUUUGUGAAUGUUCUAAAAAAAAUCAAUAAGCACUGCAAAAAUUGAUAUAGUACACAUAUGCAGUUUUUACUGAAGAAAACUCCAAACUCUCAAUAAAACCAUUGCACAUGACCUUAUUGUCAUGUGAUAUAACAAAGUAAAUGCUGCAGCUGUCAAAACUUAGGAGUUUGCCAAACAUUUACUUGUCUGCAUUGCUGUGAAAAUGACUGUGAUAAAAAAAUGUCACUUUUUAUUGAUGACAAUAAUUUUAUUAUACAUGUAUUUAUAUUUAUUGUCUAUAAAACUCUUUCAAUAAAGAAACUCAAGAUUAAACACUAA